UCCUCUUGUAUCCUUAAAGUUUUUUUUUUUUUGUUUAGUUUUCCCCGCAUUAUCUCGGCGUCCGCAGAGAGGGAAAUAUAUUUAUCUAAUUUUUCUAUUGUUUCUUGCUUUUCCAACCGUGAAACUAAACCGCAUCAUGUCUCCCCCAUCUCGGCGGCUUCAGACGAAGCCAGUGAUUACCUGCCUGAAGACUUUCCUCAUCUCCUACAGCCUGAUUUUCUGGUUCACAGGUGUGAUUCUGCUGGCUGUGGGAGUCUGGGGGAAAGUCAGCUUGGAGGCCUACUUCUCCCUUAUCUCUGAGGACACCACCAACGCACCGUACGUCCUGAUCGGCACCGGAGUCAUCAUCGUUAUUUUUGGACUGUUUGGUUGCUUCGCCACAUGCCGAGGAAGCCCAUGGAUGCUCAAACUGUACGCCAUGUUUCUGACUCUGGUCUUCCUGGCUGAGCUUGUAGCAGGAGUUUCAGGUUUCAUCUUCAGGCAUGAGAUUAAAGAUAAAAUUGGCCAAGCUUACAGCAGUGCAGUGUCGACAUACAACGCCACAGACAGCAAGAGCAUUGCAGUCGACACCCUCCAGAGAAAGCUGCAUUGCUGUGGCAAGAGGAAUUACACUGACUGGAAGGACACAGAGUAUUUUAAAGAGAACGGGAUACCAGUUAGCUGCUGUAAAAUCGACAAGUGUUCCCAGGAGUCCCUGAAAGACCUGGACAAGGCUGGGACAGAAGUAUACACUACGGGCUGCUUCUCACUGGUGACCAAUGUGUUGGAGGCCAACCUAGGAGUUAUCGCUGGUGUCUCCUUUGGAAUUGCUUUCUUCCAGCUCAUUGGGAUCUUCCUGGCCUGCUGCUUGUCUCGCUACAUAACCAACAACCAGUAUGAGAUGGUCUAACAGUCACCUGUCACAGGUGACUGUUGGGCAGCUCUACGUGCAAACUGGGCUCAGAUUUUAAUGUUACACGUGUUAGUGUCUUUUUAGUGGGCAUAACUGACAGCUUCUACUUUUACCGUCUCGUCAAGCAAAAGGGACAUAUG